UUCAGGUCGCCUGGUAAUGCUUACAUAGAAGGUGAUGCUUCUAGUGCUAGUUAUUUCUUGGCUGGUGCUGCCAUUACUGGUGAAACUGUUACUGUUAAAGGUUGUGGAACAACUAGCCUGUAGGGAGAUGUGAAGUUCGCUGAGUUUCUUGAAAAAAUGGGAUGUUAAGUGUCCUAGACAGAGAACAGUGUUACUGUGACUGGACCACCUAGAGAUGCUUUUGGAAUGAGACACUUGCGAGCUGUUGAUGUCAACAUGAACAAGAUGCCUGAUGUAGUCAUGACUCUUGCCGUUGUUGCUCUUUUUGCAGAUGGUCCAACCACCAUUAGAGAUGUUUCUAGCUGGAGAGUAAAGGAGACAGAAAGGAUGAUUGCCAUUUGCACAGAGCUUAGGAAGCUUGGAGCUACAGUGGAAGAGGGUUCUGAUUAUUGUGUGAUAACGCCACCAGCAAAGCUGAAACCGGCGGAGAUUGAUACAUAUGAUGAUCAUAGAAUGGCAAUGCCAUUCUCUCUUGCAGCUUGUGCUGAUGUUUCAGUGACCGUCAAAGAUCCUGGUUGCACCAAGAACUUCCUUGACUACUUCCAAGUCUUUGAAAGAAUCACAAAGCACUAAAAAAGAAACUAAGCCCAUUUGUCCUUUCUUUUAAGAUCCAACUGGAUCUGUUGCCACUGUAAGAUUAUCGAAAACAAAAGAGUAUUAAGUUGUGUAUUUUGCUUGUACCUGUACUGAGUGAGUGAGAUGCUUUUUUUACUAUAGCUUAA